AUGAUAGGCCAACCUGACACUUAUUCGUUCUUUGCCAAUGACCUCAAGAAUCAUCCCGGUCAAUUCGCCAAGUCGGGGAGGAAAUUGUUAAGCUUUCUCGAAGUCCUAGCUUUGGAGGCUCCGUGCCUCGAUGAUGGACGGCUGCUAAAGCUCGCGUUCACGUCAAAAAGACCGAAAAGAAUCUGUGGGUUGAUAGAUUGCACCUACAUCGUCCCCGAGGCCCAUAGGCCUAAGGCUUUCGAACCGACGAGGAUCAAAUCAAUCACAUUCUUCGCGACUCUGGAGUACAUGUGGACUCAACUAUAG